UGCAGGGACUUCCGGCGAGUUCGCGGUACUUCCGGUUCACGGAGGCGGCCGAGCCGAGGAUGGGGCGCGGUUUGGAUCUGCCUGACUACAAGGUCUGGAGCCCUCGGGGCACCCCGCUGGAGCAGGUGCAGGAGAGGCUGGCGCGGCGAGGCCUGCGCGACCCCUGGGCCCGCAACGAGGCAUGGCGGUUCAGCGGAGGCUUUAAUAAGCCAAUCACUUUCAACAAUAUUUUCUUCCGAGGCUUCAAGUGGGGAUUUGCAGCGUUUGUUGUGGCUUUGGGUGUCGAAUAUGCACUAUCAUCUCCCAACAAGAAUGAUGGACAUCAUUAAAGAAUGAACUCUUAAAACUCUUGAAGCUUCCAGGAAUUUGCAGUUUCUCCCCAACUCUCUUCAGAUAGCUAACAUUUGAAAUGAGAGCUGAACUUUUAUUUAAGAAUAAAACAACCUACUGAGUCAAAAA